AUGACAGAUAGACAACCAUUAAUUUCAAAAAAUGAUGAUAUUAUUAAUAAUCUCACAAGAUUCUAUACUGAAUUAACCGAAUUUGAAAAGAUUAUAAAGGAUGUUGGUACAGGUCGUGACACAACUACAUUAAGAAGUACACUUCAUAAAAAAAAGGUUAAUUUAGCAGAUGAUUUAAAAGUUAUUGCACAACAAAUUAAACAAUUACCAUCAUCAAAAUUACCAAAAUUCCAACAAGAAAAAAUCGUUAAACAAUUUAAAGAAGCUUCUUCAAAAUUUGAAGAAUUAUUAUCAACCUCAAAUAAAAAAGAAUCAUCACAUGAACCAAUUGUACCAAGUCAACAACAACAACAACAACAAAAUAAUGGUAAUAGUAAUAAUAAUGGAUAUAAUACAAGAGGUGGAUAUAAUCAACAGCAACAACAACAACAACAACAAUAUAAUGAUUACACUAAUAAUAAUAAUAAUAAUAAUAAUAAUGAAGUUGAACAAUAUAAUAGAUUAGAACAAGCAUUAAAAUCAGGUAUUGAGCAAGAUGAAGAAGAAUAUACAAAUCGUAUUCUUGAUGAAAGAAAUGCAAAUGCAAGACAAAUUGCAAGAGAUGUUGCAAUGUUAAAAGAAGCAAUGGAUGAUAUUGCUGUUAUGGUUGGUGAACAAGGUGAAAUGUUAGAAAAAGUUGAUGACAAUGUUACAAAUGCUGAUGUUGCUGUCGAAGAUGCUGUUGUAGAAUUAGAAAAAGCAUACGUUUAUAAAUCAUCAUACAGAAAGAAAAUGAUCAUUUUCGUUAUUUGUUUAUUAGUUACUCUUGUCGCCGUUGGUAUAUUUUUAGCAAUUUACUAUGGUGUAAUAAAGAAAAAAUAA